CUCUUAGACUAAGCGUGAUUGGUCUCAAGGAGACUCGGAAGUGUCUCAGGUCACAGCAACGGAGACCCAAAGAGGAGGCUGCAACUUGGAGAGGCUACUGGCGUUUUGUCCUACACUUGGAUCCAGGAACUGUUGUUUUCCGGGCCGCUCUCGAUGGUACUUUUGGACGGAUAGAGUCGGCCGUGCAGAGUAUUAUGGGACAAUAAUGGCGGCCUUCAAGGACCAGAAUUUAGCUCUUUGAGGUCGUCUGACCCAGGGGUGGUGGCGCCGGCACCCCAAACUCCAGGACAGAAGAUCCCAAGAGUCGUGGUUGGUGAGAUACAAAAAGUCUGGCUAACCAAAGAUUAAGUUGCUUACCAUCACAAAGGUAGAAAAUGUCAAGAGCCUGGAUUCUAAUGAGGUUACUGACUUCAAAUAUAGCUUCUCCUACACUACCUUUAUAGAUGUCAUCAUGGUGGAAAGAAAGCACAAAGUCUAUGAUGGAAAGUACCCUGGAGGAUGCUUCGAUCCAUCGGUUGGAAGGCACCGAUCUGGACUCUCAAGUUGGUGGUCUUAUUUGUAAGACUAAAAGUGCAGCCAGUGAGCAGCAUGUUUUCAAAGCCCCUGCUCCCCGUCCUUCCUUGCUGGGCCUGGACUUACUAGCUUCCUUGAAAAGGAAGGAGCGAGAGGAGAAGGAUGAUGGGGAGGACAAGAAGAAGUCCAGAGUCUCCUCCUACAAGGACUGGGAGGAGAGCAGGGACGACCAGAAGGAUGCUGAGGAGGAGGACAGUGAGCAGGCUGGCCGAAGUGGCCGGAAAGAUAGACAUUAUCGAUCUGCUCGGGUAGAGACUCCAUCCCAUCCUGGGGGUGUGAGUGAAGAAUUUUGGGAACGCAGUCGGCAAAGGGAGAGGGAGCGGCGAGAACAUGGUGUCUAUGCCUCAUCCAAAGAAGAAAAGGACCGGAAGAAGGAAAAGUCACGGGACCGAGAUUAUGACCGCAGGAGAGACCGAGAUGAGCGGGACAGAAGUAGGCACAGCAGCAGAUCAGAGCGAGAUGGAGGCUCAGAACGCAGCAGCGGCAGAAGAAACGAACCAGAGAGCCCACGACAUCGGCCUAAAGAUGCAGCCACCCCAUCAAGGUCCACAUGGGAGGAGGAGGACAGUGGCUAUGGCUCUUCUAGGCGCUCUCAGUGGGAGUCGCCCUCCCCGACACCUUCCUAUCGGGACUCUGAGAGGAGCCAUCGGCCGUCUACUCGUGAUCGAGACAGGUCUGUCAGGAGCAAGUACUCAGAUGACACUCCUCUACCAACCCCAUCCUACAAAUACAAUGAAUGGGCUGAUGACCGAAGGCACUUGGGGUCCACCCCGCGUCUGUCCAGGGGCCGAGGAAGACGAGAAGAUGGUGAAGAAGGGAUUUCAUUUGACACGGAAGAGGAGCGCCAGCAGUGGGAAGAUGACCAGAGGCAAGCUGACCGGGAUUGGUAUAUGAUGGACGAGGGUUAUGAUGAGUUCCACAACCCCCUGGCCUAUUCCUCUGAGGACUAUGUGAGGCGGCGGGAGCAGCAUCUACAUAAACAGAAGCAGAAGCGCAUUUCAGCCCAGCGUAGGCAGAUCAAUGAGGAUAACGAGCGCUGGGAGACGAACCGCAUGCUCACCAGCGGGGUGGUCCACCGGCUGGAGGUGGAUGAAGACUUUGAAGAGGAUAAUGCAGCCAAGGUGCAUCUGAUGGUGCACAACCUGGUGCCUCCCUUCCUGGAUGGGCGCAUCGUCUUCACCAAGCAGCCAGAACCGGUGAUUCCAGUCAAAGAUGCCACUUCUGACCUGGCCAUCAUUGCCCGCAAAGGCAGCCAGACGGUGCGGAAGCACAGGGAGCAGAAGGAGCGCAAAAAGGCUCAGCACAAACACUGGGAACUGGCGGGGACCAAACUGGGAGAUAUAAUGGGUGUCAAAAAGGAGGAGGAGCCAGAUAAAGCUCUAACAGAAGAUGGGAAAGUGGACUACAGGACGGAGCAGAAGUUUGCAGACCACAUGAAGAAGAAAAGUGAAGCCAACAGCGAGUUUGCGAAGAAGAAGUCCAUCCUGGAGCAGAGGCAGUACUUGCCCAUCUUUGCCGUGCAGCAGGAGCUACUCACCAUUAUCAGAGACAACAGCAUCGUGAUUGUGGUUGGGGAGACAGGGAGUGGCAAGACCACCCAGCUGACCCAGUACUUGCACGAGGAUGGUUACACAGACUAUGGGAUGAUUGGGUGCACCCAGCCCCGGCGUGUGGCUGCCAUGUCAGUGGCAAAGAGAGUCAGCGAAGAGAUGGGGGGAAACCUGGGCGAGGAGGUGGGUUACGCCAUCCGCUUUGAAGACUGCACUUCAGAAAGCACCUUGAUCAAAUACAUGACUGAUGGGAUCCUGCUGCGGGAGUCCCUCCGGGAGCCUGACCUGGAUCACUACAGUGCCAUCAUCAUGGACGAAGCCCACGAGCGCUCCCUCAACACUGACGUGCUCUUUGGGCUUCUCCGGGAGGUUGUGGCACGGCGAUCAGACCUGAAGCUCAUUGUCACAUCAGCCACUAUGGAUGCAGACAAAUUUGCUGCCUUUUUUGGAAACGUUCCCAUCUUCCAUAUCCCUGGUCGUACCUUCCCCGUUGACAUCCUCUUCAGUAAGACUCCGCAGGAGGAUUAUGUGGAGGCUGCAGUGAAGCAGUCCUUGCAGGUGCAUCUGUCGGGGGCUCCAGGGGACAUUCUGAUCUUCAUGCCCGGCCAAGAGGACAUCGAGGUGACCUCAGACCAGAUAGUGGAACAUCUGGAGGAGCUGGAGAAUGCGCCUGCCUUGGCCGUGCUACCCAUCUACUCGCAGCUGCCUUCUGACCUCCAGGCUAAAAUCUUCCAGAAGGCCCCGGAUGGCGUUCGGAAGUGUAUUGUUGCCACCAACAUUGCUGAGACAUCUCUGACUGUCGAUGGCAUCAUGUUUGUUAUCGAUUCUGGUUAUUGCAAAUUAAAGGUCUUCAACCCUAGGAUUGGCAUGGAUGCUCUGCAGAUCUACCCUAUCAGCCAGGCCAAUGCCAACCAGAGGUCAGGGAGAGCUGGCAGGACGGGCCCAGGUCAGUGUUUCAGGCUCUACACGCAGAGCGCCUAUAAGAAUGAGCUCCUGACCACCACGGUGCCCGAGAUCCAGAGGACCAACCUGGCCAAUGUGGUGCUGCUGCUCAAGUCGCUUGGGGUACAGGACCUGCUGCAGUUCCACUUCAUGGACCCGCCCCCAGAGGACAACAUGCUCAACUCCAUGUAUCAGCUCUGGAUCCUCGGAGCCCUGGACAACACAGGUGGCCUCACCUCCACAGGGCGGCUGAUGGUGGAGUUCCCACUGGACCCAGCCCUGUCCAAGAUGCUCAUCGUUUCCUGUGACAUGGGCUGCAGCUCUGAGAUCCUGCUGAUCGUUUCUAUGCUCUCGGUCCCCGCCAUCUUCUAUCGGCCCAAGGGCCGAGAGGAGGAGAGCGAUCAAAUCCGGGAGAAGUUUGCUGUCCCUGAGAGUGAUCAUUUGACUUACCUGAAUGUCUACCUGCAGUGGAAGAACAAUAAUUACUCUACCAUCUGGUGUAAUGACCAUUUCAUCCAUGCCAAGGCCAUGCGGAAGGUCCGGGAGGUUCGGGCCCAACUGAAGGACAUCAUGGUGCAGCAGCGGAUGAGCCUGGCCUCAUGUGGCACCGACUGGGACAUUGUCAGGAAGUGUAUCUGUGCUGCCUAUUUUCACCAGGCAGCCAAGCUGAAGGGAAUUGGGGAGUAUGUGAAUAUCCGCACAGGGAUGCCCUGCCACUUGCACCCAACCAGUUCCCUCUUCGGAAUGGGCUACACCCCGGACUACAUAGUGUACCAUGAGUUGGUCAUGACCACCAAGGAGUACAUGCAGUGUGUGACCGCUGUGGAUGGAGAGUGGCUGGCGGAGCUGGGCCCCAUGUUCUACAGCGUGAAACAAGCGGGCAAGUCUCGCCAGGAGAAUCGCCGUCGGGCCAAAGAGGAAGCCUCUGCCAUGGAGGAGGAGAUGGCACUGGCGGAGGAGCAGCUUCGAGCCCGGCGGCAGGAGCAAGAGAAGCGCAGCCCUAUGGGCAGUGUCAGGUCCACAAAGAUCUACACCCCUGGUCGGAAAGAGCAGGGGGAGCCCAUGACACCUCGCCGCACACCAGCUCGCUUUGGGCUAUGAGCCGUGGCUGUCCCAGUGAAGGGACAGUGUGAUACGGGAUCCUGAGCCUCUGGCAGGAGCCUCCUGAGACUGUGGACUUCAUCUGUGCAUAUAUGCAUAAGGCUGCUGGGGUGUUUUCUGCUUGGCCAGUCCUACAGGAGGAGGAGGAGCUGCUCGGGGCAGGAGCUUGGCAGAGCUGUGGCUGCAGGGCAGCGAGGCUGCAUGAGCAGCAGGUGGCGGCCGGACCUAUCUCAUCCACAUAACCCAUCCCCAGGACGCUUGGUGUAUGAGGGACUGUCUUUUUUUAAUCCUGUGUAAAGCACUCAGAUAGAUUUAGAGGCAACUGGUUGUAAUUUGAGAUUUAGAAUAAAUUUAUUAUUUGUAAAACGUGA